ACCAGAGACUGUCAGGAUCCAAAAGCCUCAUAUCCCUUAACAAAGAGACAUGUCAAAUUUUGCUGGUUCUGCAAUUGCACAGGGUCCAAAUGUUGGUCGAAUUGAUCGGUGGCUGGAGUGGAAACCAACUUCAAUUAAGCCCAAGUGGUUACUUCUCUCAGGUGCUUCUGAUCCUCCAGGCGGCAUUACUAUUUCCGACAGAAGGACCAGGGAUAUUCCGGGAGUGAGAAGCGGGACAUUUCUUUCUGGCGUUACUCAUGAUUUAGCCAACAUGGAAGCUGCAGUUGGAAUAAAUUUGUUCAACACUGUAAAAGAUCUUUAUCUAACCAAGUCCUCAGCCUCCGGUCAAAUCCAGAAACUUUUUGAUAUUUGCAAACGUGAUGGGGCUCAACCUAUGUUAUACUACACUGGACAUGGAGAAAUUGGGACUGGAAACUGGUGCUUUGCUGAUGGGACGAUAAGUAUUCAAGAAAUUCUUGAUAUGCUUCCUGAAGGAAAUUACUACCCAAUGAUCUUCAGCGAUGCUUGCUACAGUGGCCAUUGGGCAAAUUUCUGCCUGGAAAAGAACAUCGCAGGUUUCCAUUGUCUGGCAGCAUGUCCGGAGUAUUCUAAAGCUAUUGAUACCAAAGGCGAAGGUGGAGACUUAACUUUGUUCAUGACAGGAAAGAAACCACGUCCUGACACGGAACCUAUGUACAGUGGAGGAAACAGGAACAACUUUCCGAUUACGACUGGAUAUGACUCAGUUGAGUACAAAGAUUUGAUUGGCAGCCAUAUUCAAAAUUCUGAAAACAUCGUGAUCUGCCAAAGUUUCCACAAUGGAUACUUUGGUGGAUGUUUUGCACCUUCAGAGACGUACCGUCCCAGGCCCGGCGUUUCCUGGGCGAUUCUUUAUGACUAUGACACCUUCCUUGAAGAGGUUGACAGAAAUUGGAAAUUGUCAAAACAGAUUUAUACUAUCGCAUUUGAUGAGAUAGCAUUCGGGGUAUUUUUUAUGAAAAAUUAUGGCACGGCUCAAACAAUUGUAACGAAUUUAUGUGAUAUGGAGAAGAAAUGGAAAGAUGGUUUUAAGAUCACUGCAUGUGCCACCCGGGGUUCAACCGUUUCUAUUGUUAUGACAAGGGAAACGGAGGAAUACCAUGGCAAAACUCAGAUAUGGUUUACUCGUACUUCAUGGCAAGACGUUGAAAACAGAAUAGAGAAGAAGUAUAAAGAGGGGAAGGCUGUAACGGGAAUAUGUUACUCCACUGGACAGAGGAGGUAUUUUGUAGUCAUGACUGAGACACAAAAAAAACAAAAGUACGCUUGGUUUGAACGUUCUGAAGCAAAAAACAGAUACGACUGGAUGGAUGCGCAACAUAAAGAGGGAUUUCAUCCUACGAUUAUCUUUAAAGACGUGACUGAUAACCAAACCUUAGUCGUGAUGACUAAGGAUGAAAACAGAUCGGUUUAUUCAAGUCGAUUUGAUUAUAAGGUGGCAGACUUGCUUCGGCCUUACUAGUCGGGCGCUGGUCAUUAGACAAACAAUGGCUGGUUUUCAGUGUCACGCAAUUCAAAAUAGAUCAAAAUAAAAAUCAAA